GCAGAGUCUGCGUGUCGCCUGACCGGAUGAUGACUGACUGAAGUUUUAUCACUGUUGUUUUCUAUUCCGUCUUUUCUAUUCAUUUAAAUAGCGCGUCACUGUAGCCCUGUUAUUUAGAAUCUAGUUACUGAGCCGAACUCAAAUCUGACAACAAUCACGUUUUAACAGUCGACUUGACUUUUACGCUUUUUCCGUGAAAGGAAACUCCAGUUCGCAAGUGAGAGAGCGCAAAGAUCCGACCCAAUUCUCUCUCGGAGUCUUGUCUCUCUCUCCCUGUCUCUCCGAGAAUCCUGAGUUGAGUCCGCCGGAGAGAAGAGCAGCAGCCAUGGGGAACCGGGGUAUGGAAGACCUUAUUCCCCUCAUCAACAAGCUCCAGGACGCCUUCAGCUGCAUCGGCCAGAGCUGCAACCUGGACCUGCCGCAAAUCGCCGUGGUCGGAGGGCAGAGCGCCGGGAAAAGCUCCGUUCUGGAGAAUUUCGUUGGAAGGGACUUUCUACCCCGGGGCUCUGGUAUCGUGACCCGAAGACCUCUCGUCCUUCAACUGGUCAACAACCAAGCAGAGUAUGCUGAGUUUCUUCAUUGUAAAGGUCGUCAGUUUGUGGACUUUGAUGAGGUGCGUUUGGAGAUUGAGGCCGAGACUGAUCGCAUCACUGGGUCCAAUAAGGGAAUCUCUGCUGUUCCCAUCAACCUCCGAGUCUAUUCCCCUAAUGUGUUAAACCUGACUCUUAUAGAUCUACCAGGGAUGACUAAGGUAGCGGUGGGAGACCAGCCAGUCGACAUCGAGCACCAGAUCAGAGACAUGCUGAUGCAGUUCAUAACUAAAGAAUCCUGUCUGAUUCUGGCUGUGACUCCAGCUAACCAGGAUCUGGCCAACUCUGAUGCUCUCAAGAUUUCUAAGGAGGUUGACCCUCAAGGGUUACGUACCAUCGGAGUGAUCACCAAGCUGGACCUGAUGGACGAGGGGACGGACGCACGGGACAUUCUAGAGAAUAAACUACUGCCGCUACGAAGGGGUUACAUCGGGGUGGUGAAUCGUAGUCAGAAGGAUAUUGACGGCAGGAAGGGUAUUAAAACAGCUCUGGCUGCAGAGAGGAAGUUCUUCCUGUCUCAUCCAGGAUACAGACACAUAGCUGACCGCAUGGGAACACCACAUCUACAGAAAACACUCAACCAGCAACUGACCAACCACAUCCGGGACACGUUGCCAGGGUUACGUAGUAAGCUCCAGAGCCAGCUUCUCUCUCUGGAGAAAGAGGUGGAGGAAUACAAGAACUUCAAACCAGACGACCCGACACGCAAGACCAAGGCCCUACUGCAGAUGGUUCAGCAGUUUGGUGUAGACUUUGAGAAGCGUAUUGAGGGAUCAGGUGAUCAGGUGGAUACUGCGGAGCUCUCUGGAGGAGCUAGAAUCAACAGGAUCUUCCACGAGAGAUUCCCCUUCGAACUGGUCAAGAUGGAGUUUGAUGAGAAGGAGUUGAGGAGAGAGAUCAGUUAUGCCAUCAAGAACAUCCAUGGAGUGAGAACAGGCCUGUUCACCCCUGACCUAGCCUUUGAGGCCAUAGUGAAAAAGCAGAUCAUUAAGCUGAAAGAGCCCUGUCUGAAAUGUAUGGACCUGGUGAUCCAGGAGCUCAUCAACACCGUGCGCCAGUGCACCAAUAAGCUUGGCUCCUACCCCAGACUGAGAGAAGAGACGGAGAGAAUCGUCACAACCUACGUCAGAGAGAGAGACAUCAAAACCAAAGACCAGGUGCUGCUGUUGAUUGACAUUGAGCUGUCUUACAUCAACACAAACCACGAGGACUUCAUUGGCUUCGCAAACGCGCAACAGAGGACCACUGUUACUGCUGCUAUUAACAACAAGAAGAGAGUGAUGCCAAACCAGGUGAUCCGGAGGGGCUGGCUCACUAUCAACAUAAGCAUUAUGAAGGGGGGGUCCAAGGACUACUGGUUCGUCCUGACUGCAGAGUCACUGUCCUGGUACAAGGAUGAGGAGGAGAAAGAGAAGAAGUACAUGCUGCCUCUAGAUAAUCUGAAGCUGAGAGACGUGGAGAAAGGUUUCAUGUCCACAAAACACACAUUCGCCAUCUUCAACACCGAGUCCAGGAACGUGUAUAAGGACCUACGUCAGAUAGAGCUGGCCUGUGACACACAGGAGGAUGUAGACAGCUGGAAGGCUUCGUUCCUCAGAGCUGGAGUUUACCCUGAGAAAGACCAGGUUGACAGUGAGGACACAGGACCAGCAGAAUCCUUCUCUAUGGAUCCCCAGCUGGAGAGGCAGGUUGAGACCAUAAGGAAUCUAGUGGAUUCCUACAUCGGCAUCGUCAACAAGUCCAUCAGGGAUCUAAUGCCCAAGACCAUCAUGCAUCUCAUGAUCAACAGCGCUAAAGACUUCAUCCAUUCUGAGUUGUUGGCCUACCUGUAUUCCUGUGGGGACCAGGGCAGUCUGAUGGAGGAGUCAGCUGACCAGGCUCAGAGGAGAGAUGAGAUGUUGAGGAUGUACCAUGCUCUGAAAGAAGCCCUGCUGAUCAUAGGAGACAUCAGUACAACCACAGUGUCAGCUCCUGUACCUCCACCUGUAGACGACACCUGGAGGACCAAGGAACCCAGCCCCCCUCCUCAGGCCAGACCAGCCCCGGCCGCUGUCCCCCCUCCUAGUCGCCCCCCGGCAGCAAGAGGCCCCACCGCCGCCCCUCCUCCCUCCAGUCCCCAAAACCCAGCUUUCGGGGCGCCCCUCAUCCCCUCUCGACCCGGACCCCCACCAGUCAACACCUACAGUGCAGCGGACCCUGUCGUCAAUGUCCCCCUGAUCCCAUCUCGCCCAGCCAGGGUACCCCCAGCCCUGCCCCCCGGCAUACCCAGAAGACCCCCAGCGGCCCCAGGCCGGCCCACCAUCAUACGCCCUUCAGAGCCUUCACUGCUGGACUAGACAGACAGACAGACAGAAUGAAUAAUUACCACUCCUAAUGUCCUUUGACUACAAAGACACACUUUGCGUAACGUUGAUGUUUUAUUCACUAACAUGAUUCCAGACUGUAUUUCAUGUAUUCUCUCUCUUAAUAUUCAUAUUGUCAUGUUAUUGUUAUUUCAUGUAUUCUCUCUCUUAAUAUUCAUAUUGUCAUGUUAUUGUUAUUUCAUGUAUUCUCUCUCUUAAUAUUCAUAUUGUCAUGUUAUUUCAUGUAUUCUCUCUCUUAAUAUUCAUAUUGUCAUGUUAUUGUUAUUUCAUGUAUUCUCUCUUAAUAUUCAUAUUGUCAUGUUAUUGUUAUUUCCAUUUAAGCAACACUAUGUACUUUUGAUCACAUCGUUUUUUUGUUAUAGCUUUGUUACAAUGUUUAAUACCUUCAAUUUUUCAAAGGGAUUGAGAGAGAGAGAGAGAAAUGAAACAUACAUGUUUCUGUUUAACUCUAACUUACUUUAAUGAACUCCGUUCAAACCGGUGGAUUAGACAGAAUUUCAAAUCAAACAGGUUUAAAAUAUGGAACAGAUUUGGAAGCAUUAUUCCAUUGUUUUAAAUAAGAAAUACACUCCAUAAUUAAUAACUAAAUACUCAUAGUUCUUUAUACUGUUUGAAAUGUUUUCUAACCUUCUUACUGGAUCAUAUGUACAUUUGUAUUUUUAGAUCUGAUCUUCAAUAUGCACUUCUUUAUCUAUGCAGGAAUAUUAUAGUAAGUCCUUUCCAGCUCGCGGCUUUUUGAAAUUCAUUUGGAUGAAAUGCUAAUUAUGCUAUAAAAUGAAUUGAUUUCAAUGGAAAAUAGUUAGUAGCUUCAACUGCCCUCACAGUUCACUCAAAGAACACUGGUAACCAGUCAGGGUUGGUGUCCAUUCCGUUUCAAUUUCAGUCAAUUCAGAAAGUUCCAAUUCUCUUCAAUGCUCUUUAAUGAGGAGCAUUUGGAAUUGGAAUUUAGAUUUGGAAUUUGGAAUUGGAAUUUAGAUUUGGAAUUGGAAUUUGGUUCUCUCUCUGAAUUGACAGGAAUUGACAUGGAAUUUACAUGGAAUUGACACCAACCCUGUAGUCAAUAGAGAUACCAGGUGUCUCGUCAGUUAUCGAUGUUAGUAGUAGAUAGUUGUUAGACAAGGGCCGAGAUUCAAUCAAAGAUGCGUUGUCGAUAAGCUCACUGCACUUGACUUUUAAAAGGUCAUUUAUGACAUCCGCUGCGUUUACCGCAAAUGCAACAUCUCUGCAAACAUCUGGGAAAUUCCCUUUAAAGGAUCACUGUUGAGAGUGUUGUUUGAUUAUCGCUUCUUUAAUUAAAUCCCGGCUUUUAGCCCAGUCUAUUGUAAAUGGUAGCUUGCUGUCAAUCUGGCCUCUGCUUCCUGAAUAGACCAUUCAAAAUAGACCUGCUUCCUGAAUGGACCAUUCCAAAUGGACCUGGUUCCUGAAUGGACCAAUCAAAAUGGACCUGCUUCCUGAAUGGACCAAUCAGAAACCCACAUAGGGAAUAGGAUGCCGUUUCAGACUCUUUUGUAUUGUUUUGUUUUUUUAAAUGACUUUUUCUAUUUUUCUAAGUGCCUCUUACCUGUGGCUUUCCUAUUGGAUGAACAGAUGAAUGACAUGAUACAUUAACAAAGGAAUGGAUCACUGGGUGAACGAGGGAUGGUAGAAUGGGACAGUAGUGUGAAGGUGGAUGAAGAUGGUAGAAUGGAACAGUAGUAUGAAGGUGGAUGAAGAUGGUAGAAUGGAACAGUAGUGUGAAGAAGGUGGAUGAAGAUGGUAGAAUGGAACAGUAGUGUGAAGGUGGAUGAAGAUGGUAGAAUGGAACAGUAGUAUGAAGGUGGAUGAAGAUGGUAGAAUGGAACAGUAGUAUGAAGGUGGAUGAAGAUGGUAGAAUGGAACAGUAGUGUGAAGGUGGAUGAAGAUGGUAGAAUGGAACAGUAGUAUGAAGGUGGAUGAAGAUGGUAGAAUGGAACAGUAGUGUGAAGGUGGAUGAAGAGGGUAGAAUGGAACAGUAGUGUGAAGGUGGAUGAAGAUGGUAGAAUGGAACAGUAGUAUGAAGGUGGAUGAAGAUGGUAGAAUGGAACAGUAGUAUGAAGAUGGUAGAAUGGAACAGUAGUAUGAAGGUGGAUGAAGAUGGUAGAAUGGAACAGUAGUAUGAAGGUGGAUGAAGAUGGUAGAAUGGAACAGUAGUAUGAAGGUGGAUGAAGAUGGUAGAAUGGAACAGUAGUGUGAAGGUGGAUGAAGAUGGUAGAAUGGAACAGUAGUAUGAAGGUGGAUGAAGAUGGUAGAAUGGAACAGUAGUAUGAAGGUGGAUGAAGAUGGUAGAAUGGAACAGUAGUGUGAAGGUGGAUGAAGAUGUGAUAUGGAAUAAUAAAGAGUUAAAGGGACUGAGGUG